AUGCAAGGCAGCCACUCCGACGCCGACCACUUUAGUCUCGCACCUCCUGUCUCUCGGGACGGGUUCUCGUACCAAGAUGAAAAGUUCUACGUCACUUCAGAUCCUCACAAACAUCCACGGAUGGAUGCUGCAGAACUCUAUGAACUCCUCACACGUACUACCCCUCGCACAUCCGACACGACCAAGGGCACCCGGAAGGGCAUGGACUCCAUAGGUCCAAAGAAGGAUCGAGAGCCACACUUCUACACCGCGCAAAUGGCUCACUACGGUUUGAAGGUCCUCAAAACGCGCGGAGCGGCAAAGAAGAAGCUAUUGGCUGUAUUUGAGGCUGCUGGAGGCGAGCUGGAGGUCCCUGAGACUAUACUCGACCUCGAAGAGGAGUUGAUGGAAGAGUGGCGCAAGGCCGAGGAGGCUCGACAACAGGAAGUGGAUGACGAGGAAGAGACUGGACAGAAACGGAAAGGGAAAGGGAAAGGGAGAGGCGCUGGGCAGGUGAAGAAAAAGAAGCUGGGACACUCUGGUGCCCCGGUCGUUGCGGCUGCAUCUACGGCGAAUACCAAGAUGUCGAAAGCACAGAUACAAGAUAAAAUCAAGCUUCUCCCCAUCGACACGUCCCGGAGGAUUCUGAGCAGGGUUCUGAACGAGUUUCCUGCCUCAGAGCAGAUCAUAUCGGAGGAAAUCACCUCUGUAACUAUGCCCAUGCAAGAAUGGGCAGGGAUCUAUUUUGUUGAAUUAUCACACGAUAUGGAGCUCCAGUUCCAAAAUUCCUACUUAGAUACCGUCCUCGAGACGUAUCCUUCAUCGACUUCUGCCCACCUUUGGGCUUGGUUCGACUUCGGCAUCGCGUCAGGUGUGAUGCGCUCCGUGGGCCGUGCACCGACGAUGCUGAAUGAACCCGUUCACGUCGAGUGGCGCGGCUAUGAUGGCGAAUCUCGCUCGCUUUCGAAUACCACAUUCGGCCCUCGCAAUCGCGCCAUCCUUGCCUUCCUGGGGAACGGGAGGGUGAAAGCCGAGAUGAUGCGGUUCGAUUGCGAAGGAAAAUUCAGUUUUUCUGGUAAGUUUGACAAGGACGAAACCAAGAAGAAUGCGGCGAAGCAGAAGGCCACAGUGAAGAAGUGGAAGAAACAGUGGAGAGAGAUCAAUAAGGAGAACCAGAAGUCGUCCAACUCCAUGAUGUACGGAUCGAAAUUCGAACGCUGUGACGAGAGCGCUUUUGAAAGCGACACGACCGACGGACAUCAUCGAAGGAAGAAAGAGAUAGACCUUGAGAAAUUUCUGGAGGCGGAUGAUCGUGACCGAGGGUCCGAUGAGGGCUGGUCUGAGGAGGAAGAUUCAGACAAUUCAGACGACUAUUAG